CGGAAAAAUAAAGCAGGCAUCUUUUGUCGUCUGAACUCAGAGAAAUGCAACCAAUAAAUUAUAAAUAACUGUAUACCCUCGUGGAGGCCUCACCCCUCACCAUAACCUUCCUUGUCCCUCCACGCGCAGAAUUUUCGCUUUGAGAAAGGGGACCGAAGGGGUUGGUGAGGAAGUAGAAAUAGAAGAUUUUAAUACAAUAGAUUGUGUCCCUUUUCGCUGGUAGUGAUUGAACAAGCAGGUCCAAAAUCAGGUGAAAUUCGGAAAUAAUCUUGAGAGCUUAUCGAUCAUAUAACACCCCAGCUUUAAUGUAACCUGUUGAAGUUUGCUGCCUAAAUAAAUAGUGUAUUUCACUGUCUCUUAGGGAAGUGGGUUCUAAGCUCCUUUAAUUUCUUGCCAUAGGCGUCUUGGUGUUUUAUGUUAGAGUGAACGUAUGUAGAAUAGAGACCUAAGAAAAUAGGGUAUAAAAUUGGGAAGAGGCUAGCAGUGUUCCAUAUUCUAGUGGGCGAGGAGGAUAAGGUUUUUGCUACAAGGCAAAUUAAAUCUAUGGAGGAAAUAUCUUCGGCGGUUGCAGUGCCUUUUAGUCUUGGGAAUUUAAUCCCUGGCGACUCAUCAGUGGCAACACACAUGGAUAUUGCUGGAUUCAAAUUUAUGGCAAGUACAGCAGCAGCACUGAUAUUAAAUCCUGUGAUGGACAGAUGUGAAUCUGUUGGAAGUGAUGAAAAUCAUACUGAUUCUUGUCCACCACUUCAGGUUACAGUAUCUGCAGGGGAGGAGGAUCAGGUAGGUGCUUCGCUUGGACCAGAAAUGUUAAUUAAUUGUAACGGAAACUGGUUCUCAGAUGAAACCCAUAAUCAGGGAGGGAAGGAAGAUGAAUGCAGGUUAGGGGUUAAUAUUCAAUGUCUGCACGAUUCAAGGUCUCAAUCUGUGGCUCACAACAAUUGCAGUAUCCUUGGGGAGGAAUCUUCAGCUUCAGAUAUUGAUUUACCCAAUAAUAUGGACGUUGAAGAUAAUGCCCAUGGUAUGUCCAGCUUUAACAAUUCAUGUACUGUGCUGGAGCCAGUGCAAGACAUUGUUUCUGUUCCGACGGAUCCUGAGAGUGAAGAUGGCAGUGGGUCGGAUGGGUCUGAUCCAAAACUAGUUGCUCCACCUCUUGAGGUGCCAAUGGAGGAAAAAAUGUGGAGACCAGGCUUCCAGAAGGCUUUGGAUUUGAAUACUGGACCUUUUUGGGGCUUUUCGUCGAUUUGUGGAAGGAGAAAGGAGAUGGAGGAUGCUAUUGCAGUGAAUCCUCAUCUUUCGCAAGUUCCUUCACAUAUGCUAAUGGAUAAUACUGGGAAUGAAAACACUGAAAAUUUAGAUGCCCACUUUUUUGCUGUCUAUGAUGGACAUGGAGGCUGUCAGGUUGCUAAUUAUUGCCAGGAGCGUCUUCAUUCAGUGCUUGUUGAGGAGAUACAAGCUGCAGACUCAAGUUUGGAUGGAAGUAGUUGGAUGGACCAUUGGAAAGAAGCAUUCACCGGUUGUUUUCAGAAAGUUGAUGAUGAAGUUGGAGGAAUACAUCCUGAGAACAAUGGAAACAAUAACGAUGGAUCAGAAUCCAGUAUUGAAGCAUUUGCUCCUGAAACUGUUGGUUCUACUGCAGUGGUUGUCAUUUUAUGUCAAAACCACUUAAUAGUUGCAAACUGUGGGGAUUCAAGAGCAGUCUUGUGUCGUGGAAAAGAAGCGCUGCCACUAUCUUCUGAUCACAAACCAAAUAGAGAGGAUGAAUGGGCCCGGAUAGAAGCUGCAGGAGGAAGGAUCAUACAGUGGAAUGGGUACCGGGUACUUGGUGUCUUGGCAGUGUCAAGGUCCAUAGAAUUGGAUGAUUCUCUCAUGAAAGCUAUCAAUGGGAAAAUAACAAGUACAACAACAAUAUUACCAUACCAAAGUGAUAGGUACUUAAAGCCAUGGAUAAUUCCUACACCAGAAGUCAAGUUUGUUCGUCGGGAGAAGAAGGAUGAGUGCCUCAUUCUGGCAAGUGAUGGUUUAUGGGAUGUCAUGACAAAUGAAGAAGCCUGCGAGAUUGCACGAAAACGAAUCCUUCUUUGGCACAAGAAGCAUGGCAAUGGCGGAUCGACGUGGCCGGGCAAGGGUGAGGGAGUUGAUCCUGCGGCGCAGCAUGCUGCAGAGUACUUAUCUAGAGUUGCCCUCCAAAGGGGAAGCAAAGAUAACAUUUCUGUCAUAGUGAUAGACUUGAAGGGUCAAAGAAAAUUUAAGACCAAGGCAUGACAUAAUCAAGUACCAUCCAUUACCUGGGAUUUUAUUUCAAUAUUUCAUAGAUAUAGGACUAUAAUGCAAUUAUUUUUUUCACUGUAGUUAUGUAGCCCGUCAGUUUUUUAUCAUCAGGCCAGGGCUAAGUCACCUUAUAGGCUUACACUAUUUUAAGUAUGUACCGCAAUUAAUGAGAUCAGGUUCGUUUGGUUUUUGUUAUCUUUGUGAGAGUUUUGUUAGCCCAACUCUAAAGAGGAAAUAUUCAUUAUUCGUCUAUUUUCA